AAUACAGUUUAAAUUUUGGUUGUCAACUUUCGUUGUUGACUAUGACUCAAAGACACGGACUAUAUCAGGCUUAACACCAAUAUCCAAACAGUAACCAUUGAUAUUUUUGUUUGUCGACACACCUAAAGCCCAUAAACAGUUCCACAUGUCCUAUCCCCCGUCAAUCACAGCGACAGUCAAAGGCUUGAAGUCACACGCCGGUCAUACGAAGAAGAGCUUGCUUGUCGUUUUGUAUGAAAGUGUUUACAGAGACACCAACAUAAACGGGUAAUAGUUGACUUUCUCCGCUCACUUCUUUCUUUUGAGUGCUGGCGUUCUUGCACUCCGGUCCGACAUCACCAGGACAACGAACAAAACGAGUGGCACGGGCCGGGUGGUUACCAGCUUGUCACUUUUGGAAGUCGUAACAAAGCGUGACUUCCAUUAUUAGGCUCGCCUUCUCGCCGGGCUGUGAUCGCUGCACGGAGGAAAAGAAAGCUGUGCACUGCUGUGUCUUGGGUAUGUCGUGGGGGGACAUAGUAAGUGCUGUUGUCAGGAUGAGUAUACGCCAGUAGCAGAGGAUAAAGGUCGCAAGAGGCAAAAAGUCAUUUCCUGUGUGGUACCUGACCCCCGGGGACUUGACUUCACCAUGGGUGACACCAGCGGGCAUCGUCGAGACAACAGCCUACAUGUGCGGAUAAUGGAGUCUCGUCGCUGGUCGUCGCCACAGCUGGCCACGCCAUGGAAUCUGUAUUCCCACUACGUCGACGGCGUCAAUGAGAACGAGCACGUUCUGCGCAUGCACCGGAAGCGGAUGGUCAAGACGGCGGACAGCAAAUCGCGCGCCCAGCGCCGUGGGACGUACAAGGCAACGGCCAGACGAACAUCCAGCGCUCAGCAAAUUCUUGAAUGGUCGAAAGAAAAAUUUCGAGACAGGUUGCGUAAACGACAGAAGAUGCUGAAGGAAGCAGCCUCUGCAGAAGAGCAGGGGUCUCCCAACACAACAUUGUCUCGAAAAGUCACGAGUCGAAUGAGUGACAGAAAGAAGUCCCGUGAAUCGAUGGCGCUCGUCAACAACCAGGACAACCUUUCGUCCUCCGACCAAGAAGAGGAAAAAGAGGAAAAAGCGGUCACCAUCCGGACGUUCUGGUGGUACUGCAGGGUGGUGAAGGCCAUCUGCAAGCUGUGCCUGGACAUGCAGAAGCUGAGCAUGCGCAAAACGCAGCAGACAACACUGUCCGAGUUAUAUUAUGUCAGCAUCAGUGGCACGCGAGCACCUGAAGACGAAGACAAGGAAGGACAGAUCCUUUACUUCGACAAGACGCUUUUCGCAAGAAAACGAGCGUGUUCCCACGUACCCGAGUGGGCCCAGAGCAUCAUGAUUACCAGGCCGGAGCUGCGCAGACCGGAAGACAUCCUGCGACUGAAGCAUCUGCUGAUGGGCAUGCGCAGCUUCCGGGAGAAGUUCAAUGAGCAGAUGCGGACCAAGAUAUGUCAGGUGGUGCGCUACACUAGGUGCGACAAGGGACGUGUAAUUCUCAGGCAGGGACACUAUGGCCAGGACUUUUAUUUCAUCUUUUCUGGCUCCGUCUUCAUUCAGAUUGAUCUUGUGGAUCAACGAACAGGAGAUCGAAUCCCAAGCACAGAAAAUAUCAUUCGCAGUGGUGAAAGCUUUGGGGAGCUGGCCCUGCUGGGCGACGGUCUUCGCUCUGCCUCAGUCAUCUGCCGAGAGCCCACGGAGCUGUGUCAGAUCGACAAAACCACUUUCCUCAAAAUCUGCCCCGCGCUCUUCAACGAGCAGCUGCAGGAAAAGAUCGAGUUUGCCAAGCACUUCGAGCUGUUCGACUCCUGGGACCCGGAACCGUUACGACAGCUGUGCUUCUUGUCGCAGGUCCUCUACAUCCCUCAUGGCCGCGUCCUGGAGCUGGACUGGGCCACGGCUCAGUACGUUUAUUUCGUUAUGAAGGGGCGAAUUUCUCUCAUCAAAGAAUUCGAUGUGAAGGAGGUUUUAUCAGACGGCUGGACUCCAGGAUCUUUCGGCGAACAGGAGGAGGAGGAGAUCGACAUCAUGGAGUCAGACGUUGCAUCACAGUCCGCGCCACGGAAACAGUUCGUGGACAAGAGACCCUCGGAGGAGAGUGAAAAUAAGAUCAAGUCUAGUCUUCACACACGAUUCGCUUGUGUCGGCACCCUUCGCUCCAAGCAGGCUACGGACCUGCGUCUGCUGUCGCUGAAGCCGCCUCAGCUGCCCAGCAUCACUCUGCUGUCGGAAGGAGCUUGCGUCCUGAGGGUCGCGCUGCGCAACUUCGACCGCUUCGCGCCGCGCCGCCAGGCGGAGGAAUACUUAAAGCGACACUAUGUUCCCAUCAGAAUUCCAACGGCAAGGGCUCUUGUGACAAGGUAUGUACAUGACGUCAACUGGUCCACGUACCGGAAGUGCGUCGUUACUACGCUAGUGCGAGAGCAAACAGGGGAACUGCUGGCCAGUAUGGCCGCCACAUCGAAAGGCACCACUGGCUGGGCUAGAUGGCCAGGCUUUGACCCGGAUGCUGAUGUUAAAUCGGGUUGGCUCAGCGAGAGAGGUGCUCGGUCAAAGACGGAUGAGUUUCCGAUCGUGAAGCUGACCCGCCAUCACACUUUUCAGCGAGGUGCUGCGGACGGACCGCACCAAGCAAAAGCUCAAGAUGUUCUGAAGAGAAAAGCAUUGAAAGUGCCUGAGGUCACCGUGUCAAGAUCGAAUGGUGGUAUCAGCGCAACGAUUACAAACGAUAGGAGGUUCAUUCUGUAUCCCCCAGUUUUGAGGACCUCAACCUCACUGAGAAUGAGUCUAAUGUCAAAAACAUAGACCAAGGCAACUGUUACGGGCUACACCUCUCACAUCUCCCUGCACGGACUAUAACUGCUUGGAUUAAAGGUCUAUUAAGGUGCAAGAACUUUUUAAUUACUGAAUUGAGGUACUAUUUCCCCAAACAUGGGUAAAUAACUCACCUCCGUUCUCAAGAUGUAUGUCUACAAAUAUCCCCAUUCACAGAAAAUCGAACUGUUAACCCCACAGCUGGCCAUGGAUGCACCUAAUUAAGCUCUCCCAUGGGCUGCAACCUUGACAAUAUAAACGCAUCCAUUUAAUGCACUGAUGUUUAUAUUUGUGAAGACUGUUUGCAGAAAUUCAUUUCGAGAACUGAAAGAUGGCGGAGUCAGUUUUUUUUUCAUCCAGAAUUUUGGAGAUGUUAUGCUGUACAUAGCUCUUACUAGUCUUUAAAAAAAGUGUGUGUGUGGGGGGGGGGGAUAUUUUGCACUGUUGUAGACCUUUAACACUGCUGUUGCUGCUGCUGCAAUGCCAGAUUAGCAGAACCAGGACCGAUGGACAACUGCAACUCUUUAAUGGGUGCUGGUUGAACACGCCUUCUUUCCGAACUGCCGUGAAGGGGAAAGACUACAACCAUCAGCCAUUCUUUCUUUCACAGCAGUGAAAUGACAAUGUGGACACACCCCUCUGUAAUAUGUUGUUUGAGUUUCAGGCGGAUUAGGUUUGUUUCCCGAGGAGUAAAUAAAAUUACACCAUAACAAAAUCACUCUCUUGUUCACGUGAAACUUUGUAGAUUGUAUAUUUAUGAAAUUCACUUGUCAAUCAUAUUUUUUGGUUAAUGUGAUUGCCAGUUUCUUAGCCGUAUAGUUAUCAUAUAAUCCCCUUUGUUAAUACACUUUGUUCCUCGAUGCACAAAACGUUUGAACUAUUCUCUAUUGUUAAUUACGCAAGUUACCCUCGAGUAUAUGCUUUGUUGUAAUGCUACCAUUUUUCUGUAUAAUGAUAUUCUGUAUUCUGUUAAGCCUACCCUAUUCACACUAGUGCUGCCUACUGAAACCCUGGUACUCAUGCAACUGUCACGCAUGAGCUGAAAAUAGGGGUCACUGAGUGGAAACACCGCUGUGUUUCUGGGAAACUGUUGGUGUAAAAUAUUUCGAUCUGAAUAUUUCCCACCCCACCAGCUCAUUUGUAAAUAGAGGAGCUUUCAACAAACUUCGGUGAAUGUUGACUAAAGGAUUGAAUUGAAAAUUCACAGGUUAUUUUGACUGAUUCAUGUAGUCUGACUAAAAAAUUAGCCCUUAUUAAGUUGUGACUCUUCCGUGGGUAAGAAAGCGGAUAAACUGGCUCACUGGAAAUAGUCACUUAUGUUCGAGACAAUGUUUGAGAAAACUAGAAUAAAGCAUCAACUGUACAAAC